GGAGAGCGCAUGGGCGAGCGCGUAGCAAGCGGUAGUUUCUAGUAUCGGUGUUUCGAAGUUGAUUCUUUCUGUGGUGUGCUCUGGCGGUGCGACGUGUGGUGCGGCUUUUCGAUAAACUGCUGUUAUUUGUUCUCAUAGCCAUUGAUCUUGAAUAGGUAGCCUGAUGCCUCUCCCGCCGGCCCUCCUAGCAAGAUUAAAGAAGCGGGGGAUUGUAAAAGCCAGCGAAGCCGAACCGUCGGCAGCUGAUCAGCCAGAGGAAGAGGUCAUUGCUGAAGACUACGAUGACAUCAUUCGACCUGCGGGAGGUGGCGAGACACGUGUAGGCGGGCCCAUCCCAGGAUGCCCCAACAAGUGGAACUUGUACCAUGAAUGCAGUGCAUUCUGUCAAAAGCACUGGGGUGCUGGCAAGCUGAAGGAGUCACCUCACACCGAGCGCAAGCGCUUGCGUAUGCUGCGAAAGUACCCGCUGCCAGAGGGCUGGUGUGAGCUGUAUGAUCCUGGCACGGGCAGGCACUACUACUGGAGGGAAGGGAGCGAGGAUGUCACCUGGAUGCCACCUCGGCACCCAAGGGCAAAGAUUUCAUUGCCAGCCGAGAAGCUCAGAGAACUCAUAUCGGAUGCAGAUGAUGGUCAGGAACUCGACAGUGCUGGCUCAGAAGAAGACAUGCUAGAUGAAGAUGAGGUUCCCCUUCCACCUCGGCGCUCUCGUGAGUCUGCAAGCUCUAAAGGAUCAUCACAUGGCCGUUCUGACCGUCGUGGUGACCGAUCACGCAGCAAUGACCUUGACCCCAUGGAUCCUGCUGCAUACUCGGAUGUUCCACGAGGGAAGUGGUCUACAGGCCUGGAGAAAAGCAAUGAAGCCAAGACAGGGGCUGACACGACUGCAAGUGGGCCACUUUACCAGAUGCGCCCAUACCCCAGUCCCGGUGCUGUCCUUCGCCUUAAUGCUGGAAACCGCCGGAAGCAAUCUGAUGACGAAGAGGAUGACUAGUUGAAACACUGUAAAUUUCUUUCUCCAUCAGUUUGCUCAGUCCCAUUGAUUUCAUGCCCUUCAACAAGCCAUAAAUAUUCCUCUUUUCUAAGUCACUGCAUUUGGUUUCACUUGAGUAGGAACUGUAAAUUUAGUAUUCAGUACAAAUAGACUCUCCUGCAGGCAUCAUAAUCUAUGCAUUCUGUCCCAGUUCAAAAUGGGUAUCUGCCAAAAAAUGUCAUCCAUGUAGUUCAAAUUACCAGCCACCCCAAGAAAUGGAAUAUGUUUGCAUGACUGGCAACAACAUGAACCAAAAGUUAGUUUUGGUACCAUAUUAAUAUUGCAUGCUAGAACAGCAUUGGAAUGGCAGAAAGAAAAGUGAUGCCACCACUGUGGAAUGGUUGCAAUUGUCUUGUGAACUUAUCCGUAUGUUAUGUUUAAAGGCAACUGUAUGAAAGGGAUUAAUACCAAGUUGUUGGCCCUGUACGAGGACAACAAACCAUCCUAAAGAACUGUAGUCGGAUGCCUCUGAUGUGGCCAAACUGACAAAGAAUGUAGCCACAAUAUAGAGAGAAUAAAGGAGUCCCCAGGUCCACUGGCAAGUGUUGAGUUUAGAGCAGCAGGUUAUAUUGAGUGCAGGGUCAGUUCAAAACACAUCUUGUAACAUUCUGCACACAUCCAAGCUAUUGGUGCACUGUAUUCCAUGGUUGCCAACACCCAUACACAAGAGACACCUGGAAGGAAGUGGCCACAGCAACGUUGAAGCUUCAUUAGAAAACCUGAAUGCUUUUUUUAAACACCUUGUCACAAUAAAUGACUGUCCAGUCAAGUGUUUG